AUGUGGUGUUUUCCCCUUUGCAAGGUAUAUGGACCCAAGGCUGUCAUGAAUGGUAUCACUGCUGUACAACAGAGAAAGGUAUUGGCAACUUUCUUGGAGAAAUGUCCUGAGCAGUACACAAUAUCUCCCAGGAAACGGCUACUCAAUCCCACCUCUUCCCCACUUGUUGGUGAUAAGCAACCAGUAAGAGAAGUCAGCCCACAAAGUUCCUCUGAAAGUGAUCAAGAAGAGCCUGUAGGAAUGAACCAAACACCACCUACUGGAGCUAAUCAUGAGGACUCAACCAUUAGUGGUCCCGUGUCUCUCCGCUCCUAUCUCUCUGUGGCCAACUACUCGGACAAGAAGACAAAGUUUAGCUUCCCCGAGGGAGCAGUAGUUCAGGUCAUGAAGAAAGAUCCCAGCGAUUGGUGGAUGGUGGACAAUGGCGGGUCCAUUGGGUGGGCUCCUGCCUCUUUCCUUGUGCCAGUUGACCCAGAGGACCUUCAGAGCGAGGCACAGGAGAACGAGAGACUUAUAGCCCCAGAGAGAGAUAUGAAAGCUAAAGGCAGGAGAAAAGUACUGACAGCUUUUCUGAAGAAAUGUUCUGACCAGUACACAAUAAACUCUCCCUCGACCGUUGAAACUGACCAACCAGAAGACACCAUUGUUGAUGUCGAAACGAAUGAAGAUAGUACAGACGAAGAUAUUGAAGGAAAUGUUAGCAUACCAAUUGACCCUGAAGACCUGUUGAAUAGUCUAGAGCAGCACCUUUUGGAUUCUAGGAAGAGAAGGCUCGAGGCUGAGAGGAAAGUUGAGGAGCUGACGGAAGAAAACAAACGUCUCAAAGAAGAAAUGAAGAGUAUAGGUUCUAUUGUGAAACGAUCACAACUCCAUCACUAUAUUCAACUUGGUGUGUAUGCUUAUUUGCUGCCACUAGGGUGGUCUGGGCUGAAUUGUGCAAUGAAAAGAAUCCUCUGUGCUAACUACUCAUUUUGGGCUCCUAGAGCUACAAUAAAGACCAAGCUUAAGACGGCUCCAAGCUCACAGCGGCUGGAUGAUGUCGACCCUUUACCCACUCUUCCCACACUAUCCACCGUUGAAGCACCUCCUGUGUUGAAGCGUCCUAAGGAGAUAUUGGCUACUUCUCUGCCAAACUUUGACCAAGACAGUUGUCAGUUUGUGGUGUUUGACUUGGAGACUACUGGAUUGAAAACGAACUCUGAAAUAUGUCAGAUUGCAGCGAAGAGGAUAAGCAACCAUGAGAGAUCAUUGUGGUCUACAUACAUCAUUCCAAACAUUUCCAUAGACCCUGGAGCAAGUUUAGUUACAGGUAUUGUGGUAAAAUAUGCCGGCAACGAUCGAUAUCUAACCCACUACGGCAAAUGUGUGAAGGCCCUCACAUAUAGAGAAGGAAUUACAGCAUUUUACCAUCACCUAAGUGAACUGUCUACGCUAGCCAAACACACUGUUCUGAUUGGCUACUGCUCAAAAGUGUUCGAUGUUCCUGUCUUGUGCAAUAGCUUCCAACAAUUUGGCAUCUCAGGAGACAAAUUGGACCGAUUAGGAAUAUGUUUUGCAGACUCCUAUCCGUUUUUAAAAGGUAGCCUCACUUCGAGUUCAAUGGAUGCUAACUCACCAAGAAGCGCUAGUUUAAGUAAUAUCUACAAAACAAUGUUUGGAGAACCAUUUCAAGCCCAUAAUGCUGUAAACGAUGUCGAUGCAUUAUCAAGAAUUAUCUUUGAUUCGCCAUCCAAGCUACCUCCAAAUUUAUUACUGUCUCAAGCAAGCACGGCUGGCUCAGCUUUUGCUGUUAUGAAAUUCUUUGAGGCAAAGGCCGUAUUAAUGAACACUAUGAACAGUCGUUUGUACUCUGACCUUCCUGGGUUGAGCUCCAAGUUGCCGAUCACUAGAUACAUGGCUGAUAAGAUUGCCUCCAGUGGACUAGGUUACAAGGAUCUCAAGAGAAUUCACAAGAAAUACGGUAAAGCUGGGAUUGAAAAUGUUUGCAGGACUAUUGUUGAGAGUGAUGAUGGAAAGAGAAGUCAUCGGGUUACCAAUAAUGAAAAUACAAUUUGCAGUCAUUUUGAGGAAUAACAAUUGACAAAUUUAUACAGGAUAAAUUAAUGAACUGUUCGUAUAAGUGUAUACAAGAAAGUGAUGAAUCGUAUUAUAUCGUUGUGUACAUGCGUUUGUAUUUAUUUGCUCAUAAUAAUUAAUUAUUUUAUACAAGUUAUGAUUAGUACUG